UCCAGGAGUUGGAAGGUCAUUCAGACUUAUAGGAGAGGCAGUGACAAUUCAUCCAAAGAGGUUGCUUGCUUUAUAUCCACCAAAGGGAGAAAAUAAAAUGUUAUCACAGAGUGCCCUACAAAAAGAAAGACAGGCGCAAGCAUCAGCCAUUAUGAAGGAAAUCCAAGGAUCUGAGUCGGAUAGCCUUCACUUUGGAAAAAAGAUCAGUGUGCCUAAAGACAUCAUGUUGGAGGAACUGUCUCUGGUAAGCAACCGAGGGGCAAGGCUUUUUAAGAUGCGACAAAGGAGAUCUGACAAGUACACUUAUGAAAACUUUCCAUAUGAAAUGAGGCCACAGACACAGACAAAUAUAAGUCAAAAUCAGAUACAGCAGAAUGGAAAUACAGAAGCAAUUUCUUUUGGAUCUGCACAACAGACAGCUCCGCAGACACCUCCUAAUACUCCAGAUCCUCGAAGUGCUCCAAACCCAGAAACCAUUGCACCAGGUUACACUGGUCCACUUAAAGAAGUCCCACCCGAAAAAUUUAAUGAGACAGCAGUUCCUAAAUACUAUAUGUCUCCUUGGGAAGAAGCUAUUGUCAACGAACCGGAACUACUGGAAUCUUUGAACCCUAAAUUGCCUGCACCAGGGGACAAGAUGCUGCCUCCUGACUACAGGAGUUUUAACAGGGCGGCUACUCCAUUUGGUGGGUUUGAAAAGGCAUCCAAGAUGAUUACAUUCAAGAUGCCGGAGUUUGACAUGCCAUCUCUGAAUGACUUUACAUUUGAUAUGAUACCAAACCCCUUCAAUUCAAGGAAAUCCUUUAAUAGAGUACCUCAAGGAUGGGCAUCUCAACAUCCCCAUAUUAUAGUAUCCUCUGACAUCCUCUUCAGCCCUGAAGUUCCAGAGUCUGAUGAUCUGUGAAAGAAAUAUAUGUUCAGUCAGAAACUCUACUUAGAGUGCAAUGUGUUUAACAAUGUACUUAGCUGUCAUUUCGCUUAUUAGAGUUAGUUAUUUUCUUCGCUUUCAGGGUUUUAUGAGUCCUGUAUUGAACAGAUGCUUUAACUGCAAUGUAACACCUGGACCUUAGCAGCAAUAUUCCUGAGCAUUCCUUAGGUGGUGUUCUUGUCAUGUGCCUUGUGACCCCAAGUUGCUUCAUGCCUCUGCGUCCAUGCUGAAUUUAUUUAAUGU